UACAAAGUUAUCAUAAAAAUGGAAUGGCGCCCUCAUUAGUCAUCGAUAACGUAUAAGACAGUAUUUGGCUUCUAACACACACCAUGGCAGUCAGCGGGUCGUAAUUGGAUGUGCGGCGUGUAGAUUAUUAUUAUUAUUUUUUUAAUAAGUGUUGUCAUCGAAGCCUUUCUGGACAAUCUGGCUUGGCAAGACGCUCAGCUAUUUGCUGAGCCGUGAUUGAUUGGACUUGGGCGUGGAGAAUUUGCAUAUAGCAGCAACGGGAGCAACAGCGCACGUACGCACGCACCCACACGUCGAGAAUCCGGCGGAUGGCGGGGGAGCUUCGCGUGAGUCUGUGUGCGGUGAUGUGCGACAACCUGUGAAGGCGGACAAAGUUUGCCACAUUACCUCACACGGGUAAGCAGCCUUGCUGAAGAAUUGCGUGAGGCGUGAGGCGGUGAUAAGUGUUUUCGUUCUCAGGAUGGAAGAUGGAAACGGUUGGACGGAGGAACCGGAGCAACUUGAACCUCCUUUGCCCCUCAAGUCUGAUGAUGAGGAUGAUGGAAACCAACUUUUCUUUCCGCUUGCUUGCCGCUACAUGCACACAAACAAUUUCCACCCUGGAAUGUGUCAAGGCUUGAGUCGUCACCGUGCCGUUUGCUGCCAAUGGCGUAGAAACCCCGAGCUGCCCUCCAUAAACUGGAUACGACGACAGGUGCCACCGGGCGUCUCGGUGAACGUGCCGCACUUCUCUGCGCCACCCGAGGAGCUCGUAUCGAGGGUCGACGAUGUGAUGCCGAUACCGACCGCAGCUUCCUCCGCGGCUUCCUCUCAUAUAGCGCGGAGACGAACAAGCCUGCCAAAAGAGUCGAGAAACAUCUUCAUCACCUACUCCUCGGACUCGUCUUGUGAGAUGAUCGGCCUUGUUGACUUCCUCUCCAAAAAUGGCUUCCAACCUGCUGUGGACACAGCUGACGGGCCCCUGACAAACAUGGACGUCACCACCUGGGAGAACACAAUCAUGAAGGAUCCAUCCACCCCUAUCAUUGUGGCUAUCAGUCCACGCUACAAGGCAGACAUUGAAAGCUGUGUUGUGAACACCCGCGGCGGUCUGCACACGAAAUACAUUUACUCCAUGGGCAGCUUGAACUUCCGGUUCAUCCCUGUGCUCUUCCUCGACGCCUCCCAGAAGGAUGUUCCGGGAUGGCUUCAGAACACGCGUGUCUACCGCUGGCCCCGGGACAUGGAUGACCUGUUGCUGCGACUGCUGAGAGAGGAGAGAUUUGUUCCUCCUCCAGUGCCCGUGGAGCUCACCGUCUUCAUCACACCUGUGGUUGCCACACCUUAAAUCCAACUGUUGUAUCUCUAUAGAUGGGUCAUUACAGAAUCGGAGGACAGUUCAGGUACCGAUAAUUUUGAAAAAAAUGAUUUCUUUUAUUAUUUUCUUAUCCCUUCAAGAAAAAAAACAACAAUGAUUAUUAUUAUCUAGUAUGAUUUGAUUUUAUUUGUCUUUGAAUAUUUUGCUGUUUGGCGAAACAUUGUUCCAGAUACUUAGGCCACUGAAAAAAAAAACUUGUAAAUUGUUGCUGAAUAGAUCAUUUACAAAUGUACUUUUUUUACAGCACAGUUCGGUUGUAUUUAACUUGAGUACACUAAAUAUGCUUUUUAGCCGUAAAACCUCUGCCUCUGUAUUUUUUCUGACUGUGUUGUUGACUAGUUGUUUGGCACACGCAGAUUCAACCUAUUCGCGGAAUUUUUUUUAUUUUUUUGCUUUGUUCAAUAUUUCUUUUAAUAUGUUUUGUAAUUAAAAUAUAUAUUUUUAGGAGGAUUCUGGUGGGGAUUUCUGUGUAUAAUUGACACCACUUAUAAAUGCACUGAA